AUGGAGAGCAUAAGACAGGCAUGGGGUGUCUCCGGUAAAAAGCCAAAUCGAACGAGCAAGGGAAAUGAAAAGUCACAACGCCCUUCCACCCCCGGCUCUGCUCGUCCCUAUUCGCCAUCGUUUCCCGCCAGCUUGAGUCCUGGCCGUAGGGGUUGGGGCGGUGGCCGUGUUGCACUGACGUUUGAGAUCCGUGGGCUGGUUGGCGGUGGAGCACUGGCCUGCCCAGCCCAGAUGAAACAGCACCCUUCGCGCACGUCAGGGGCUGGAGCCAACCAGCAGCCAAUGCCGCCCUGCGCCAGACAUAUACAUAUUACGCACAUACGGAGCACAUCCAGAUAUUCCAUGUGGGUCAUCCAGCUCCGGGCGCUUGCGAAUCCUCAAGGAACAAUUCGCGUUCGAAGGGAUGCGGAGGACAGAAUAUUUCUCCAUUAA